AUGCCUAAGUUAGAACAAUUUGAGAUCAAAAAGUAUUGGCAAAUCUUCUCGGGUUUAAAACCAAUAGAGAAUAAGGUGAACCAUGACCAGGUUUUACCAAUUCUUUAUAAUUCUAAAUUAGAUUCAUCAGUCCUGAAUAAGAUUUGGUUCUUAGCCGAUAUUGAUGAUGACGACAAUUUAGAUUUUGAGGAAUUUGUAAUUUGCAUGAGAUUAAUAUUUGAUAUGGUUAAUAAAAAUAUUAGUUCUGUUCCAGAUGAAUUGCCUGAUUGGUUGAUUCCGGGAAGUAAGGUAAAUCUAAUCAAAGAAAGGAAGAAGCGCAAACAAAUAGAAAAUGCAGACUUGCCUCCAAAGAAGGAAAUUAAAGUAGAUUGGUACAUGUCUCCAGAUGAUCUAAAUCAAUAUGAAAAAAUCUAUACGAGUUGUGCAAAACUAACUGAUGGUACAAUAACAUUCAAUGAACUAUCAACAAAACUUUCCACAAAAUUUUUUAACAUUAGUAAGACAGAUUUGAAUAAAGUUUGGAGUCUAAUUAAUCCCCAAAAUUUACAAUCAAUUGAUAGAGAUCCUACUUUUUACUUUAUUCAUUGUUUGAGACAAAGAAAUGACCUGGGUGCUGAAAUUCCAGCAAGCUUACCCAAUUCUCUAGCUGAAGUGUGCAACAAAAAAAAAGUGAGCUAUGAUUUACAGUCCUCGCAGCCUCCUACGAAGAGAAAAGAUCAAGCCAGCGAAAGGAACAAUGUUCGUGACAAUGGGCUGAACUCAAGUGCUGAUAGCAGCGGCAACAACGCACUCGUAAAUGAAAACAGUAUAAAACAAAAAUAUGCUUCUCUGACAGAUGAUCAAGUUGCGAACAUGAGAGAACAAUUAGAAGGUCUUUUGAAUUACAAAAAGGGUGAAAAAAGCCAAGGAGGCUCGAAACGCUCUAAACGGAUUAAUAUCAGGUCAAUAACUGAUGAUUUGGAUAACAUUGAACAGCAGGUUGAAGUAUUGGAGAAUUACUUGAACAAUAAGAGGCACGAGUUGCAAUCAUUACAAGCGGAAAUCAAUUGA